AUGCAUCAUGAAUCGAUUUUGCUGCCCAAUUUUGAUGAAGACAUCUUUGAGAGUCCUUAUUGCAAGAGUGAGAAGACUUAUCUACUUCCUGUCUCUGUUGGUACUAGUGUUUUCAAAGGCAUGCCUUCGCGCGCGUCGGCGCGAGGCGGGAGGAAAACGCCCGAGGUGGUCAGCUGUUUCACGAGUUGCACGUUUAGCGCUAGGAAGGUGGGAGAAGGCGUUGCAAGGCGUGGCCAGACGGAGCAAGGCAUACCAUAUCUGAAAACUUCUGAACCGGAAGAAAUUUGA